AUGGCAGUGGCCUAUAAUUUUAUUUUGGCAAUUUGUCUAUUCUCUCAGAUCACAAUUUCCACAACUGGAAUAAAACUACAACUCUCCAAUUUCACCAGUGAAGUUAAGCCGUUGUUACCCACUCCGGCUACAACCAAAACAACCAAUGCAGUGUCUCAAAGACCUUUCAUAGACAACAAGUUCUUAUCCCCACUUACAAAUACUCCAAUAUCACCCAGAUCAGCAAUUCCAUUCAAUAAUCCAUCAUCAAUAUCUAGAAAUAUGUUAGAGUUAUCAAAUCCGCCUACAUUUGGUCCGCCUUAUCGUGAAUUUGGUUCCAGUUCAUCCAAAACUGGAUUUACUUCACCGUCUUCUACAUUGUUUAAUCCAUUACAAACAUCAGAAAGUGUUAAAGCAGUCCCUUCAUCGUUUCAAGCAAAUCCCUCUAAAUUAGAUCCUUCAGUAUUUUUAAAUAAUUUUGGUAACAUAUCUCCCGCACAAUCUCAUGGACUAAUACCACAAGCAAGUCUUCAACUAUCUGGACCUUUAGGACAGACAGAUAGUCCACUAAAACAAUCAGCUUUAAAAGAUUUAAAUAAUAUUAAUAACAACUUUAGUUCAUUUGGGAAACGGCCUCUUAUAGAUCCUCCACAGAAUAUAAACACUGUUUACCAAUCUCCUAAAUUGAAUUUUCCAUUGUCAAGUCCUGUACCAGAUAGUCUGAAUGAUGUUAAACCAUUUAUUAAUAAUAGGCCAUUAAAUAAUAUAGAUAGUAAUAUUAUUGCAAAUAAUCCAAUUCAUAGACCACAAAUUCCUUACAAUAAUAAUAAAGUCAAAAACCCUGUAAUAACAAAAGAUAAAAAUUUACAAGCUCAAAACAUUGAAUCGAAUAUAUUGUCUUCAAAAAUUAAUAAUCAUGUACCUUCAAUAAAUAACGUUCCUCUUUUACAAAAUAGCAUAAAUAAUCAAAUACGGAAUGUAGAAAAAGAAAGACUAACAUUAUAUAACCCAAGUCUUAAUUUUAAACCAAGCCUAGAACAAGCAAACUUAUUAAAUAAUAAACUACCAAGUUUAACUACGAAUAAAAAUCAAAAUCCAUUAUUAACACAGCUUAAUUCACAAAAACCAGAAAUUAACUUGAAGCCUAAAAUGAACAUAGCUCCACUUGGUAAUGUUGCUACACCAUUAUAUAAUAAUUUUAAAAAUAACGAUUUAACUAAUUCAUUCGUAAACCAAAACCUUAAUGGAUGUUUUAACAAUUUAAAUAAUAGUUUAGCCUUGCAAAAUCCUUCAUUUGCUAUUAUACCCCAACUUGAAGACAAACAUUUACCAAAUAUUAUGUCACCAAACUUAUCAAAAUCCAAAUUUAGUGAAACAUUUAAGGCUGCUUCUAAUAUUGAAGACAAUGUGAUUAAAAAUAAACUUAUUAAUGAUAAUAUAUUACCAAGCAAAUCUAUCGACGGAAACUCAAUACAGUCACCAAUAUUUAUGAAUAAUUUUCCAAACAUGAAUAAAGAUACUAUAUUACCACAUCAACAGUUUGCUCCUGUAAUUGCAGAUAUUAAUUCAAAUAUAGAUCGUAUAUCAGUUUCUCCACUAAAGAAUUUUAUAAAUUCUAAUACAAUUUCACCAAUAGAAAAUCAAAGUCAUUUGACAUUAAUGAAUCCAUUUAAUAAUUUACAAAAAAAUCCAAUUAAUAGAGCAGAGAUUGCAAUAGACAAAAACAACAUGCCCAGUAAUAACGAACCAAAUAAUAUUCCUAACAUAAUAUCUUCUUCCCUUACCCCAAUUCAAUCUACAGUUAAUAUACUUCCUAAUAACUACAUUCCAUUCAAUCAUAACUCGGAGAAUGUAGUACCUAUAGGUAACACUGAUUUUUUUAGUACUUCUAAUAACUUAGAUUUAACUCACAAAACAAAUAGUGUAAUAGUUGAAUCACCCAGAAAUGUAUCACCUAAUCCUCUAAUCGAAAGUCAUAAAUCAGAAACAGAUGAAAUAACUAAAAUUUCAAAGCUACCGAAGGUCAAUGCUCCUUCUUACUUAUCACCUUCAACUCCAGUAUUAUCAUACAUAAAUGUAUCUCCAACAAAUUCACUUAUUCCGUCUUCAGCGAUAGAAUUGGCUACUGACGUCACAAAGCAAAUUUUAUUAUCUUCUCUAAAAGCAAAUAAACCAAAAGGUUCAAUAUUAAAGAGUAAUAAAUACUACACUCCAGUACAAUUAAAAGAAAAAGCAACACCUACGUUAGCAACAACCGACUCCUCAUUGAAUACUAAAUCUGAUAUUUCAGCAAGUUCGUUAUCUUCUACAGCGGAAUCUUCAGAAUUUGGUAAUAUAACGCCAAAAGCUUCACAAUAUUCAGUUUCUGUAUCAACUUUGUCAGAAAGUACUGAAGUAAUAGAUUCAGAUGUUCCAUAUUUAAGUUCAUUAACUGCCAAUGUAGUGACUGAAGAUUUAUCGCCAGCUACAAUCGUGCCAACAUAUACUUGCCCUCGUAUUAUAUAUUCACCGUCAUAUCUCCCAACUCCAAAUAUUAAUGUACCAUUCUAUCCACCACUUCCAACUGUAAUUGAAGCUCCAAUUUUCAAAAUUGGGAACAGAGAAUCAAUGGAUUACAAGAAAUUAUUAGAAAUAAUGGUUAUAGAUAAAAUAUUAAAUGACAACGAAAGCAAUGAUCUGAGGACCGCCAUUAUAGCUAUGAUGUGUACGGCUUGA